UUCACAAGAGAUCGAAUCGCGUGACUCGUCCCUUGUGUUCUGGAACUUGCAAGUGCGGCCCUAGAAAGAGAGGCGAUGGCUUGGAGGGAGCUUCUGUCUCGGAAUAUAAAGGAGCUUCGCUUCCUCUUCUGCCAGACUUCGCCGGCCAGCGCCCAUACCCGGGAGUUUGUUUACAAGAACUACAAGGAUCUGAAGACGCUCAACCCCAAGCUCCCCAUCUUGAUCCGCGAAUGCCGUGGAGUCGAGCCGCAGCUUUGGGCAAGAUAUGACAUGGGUGUGGAGAGAUGUGUUCGAUUGGAUGGUCUGACGGAAGCUGACAUUAACAAGAAACUUGAAGAACUUGCUAAAGCAGCAGGAGCUCUUAAACCUUGACAAAAUUCAGUUGUCUUCUGACAGGGACAGGCCCUGAAUAACGGAGCCAUCAGUUCUGUGAGCUCUACUCUUUUGAAUGUUUUAAAUUUAAUAGUUAAAUGGGAUUGUAUCUGUUUACAUUUUUUUUCUGUUGGUGAUAACAACCUGGUGUCGUUUGCCAUUACCAGCCUUGGAUAAUGGUCUGGAUUUUUUUUGUUUUUUUCUGUGAAACUGACUGCAAUGGUCCUUUCUCUCUGUGCUGGCUGAUAUUUCUAGUUGGUGAAUUUAAUACUACUUUGAAGACAUUCUAUACAA